CGUUCCGGCCGGGCGGGGCUCAUGGCCAGCACCAGCAGCCCCCUGUAUGAUGCUGUUCCAAUCCAAUCUGGUGUGGUAUUAUGCUCCUGUCCAUCCCCAUCGAUGGUGAGGAACCAGACAGAUUCCAACACUCCACCUGUCAUUUCCACAUGUGGCAGCAGACAGGGAUCUAACAUGGAGGGCACUGCAGCUGAAUCAAGAUCUAGCUCAAAUACCUUGCAGCAACAUACAGGACAGCAGCCUUCACAACCUCGAAAGAAACGACCUGAUGACUUCAAAUUUGGGAAAAUUCUGGGUGAAGGAUCUUUUUCUACGGUUGUCUUGGCCCGAGAACUAGCAAGUUCUAGAGAGUAUGCCAUUAAAAUUCUAGAAAAACGUCAUAUCAUAAAAGAAAACAAGGUACCCUAUGUGACACGUGAGAGAGAUGUAAUGUCCCGUCUGGAUCACCCUUUUUUUGUGAAACUCUACUUCACCUUUCAAGAUGAUGAAAAGCUCUAUUUUGGGCUUAGUUAUGCCAAAAAUGGAGAGCUUCUAAAGUAUAUACGCAAAAUUGGUUCAUUUGAUGAGACCUGUACCAGAUUUUAUACUGCUGAAAUUGUGUCAGCCCUGGAGUAUUUGCAUGGGAAGGGAAUAAUUCACAGGGACCUUAAGCCAGAGAACAUUUUGCUAAAUGAAGACAUGCACAUUCARAUAACAGAUUUUGGAACAGCGAAAGUUCUAUCUGCAGAUAGCAGACAAGCACGGGCAAACUCAUUUGUAGGGACAGCACAGUACGUUUCUCCAGAACUGCUGACAGAGAAAUCUGCCUGUAAAAGCUCUGACCUAUGGGCUCUGGGAUGUAUAAUAUAUCAGCUUGUAGCUGGAUUGCCUCCAUUUAGAGCUGGAAAUGAGUAUCUUAUAUUCCAGAAGAUAAUAAAGUUGGAAUAUGACUUUCCAGAAAAAUUUUUUCCCAAGGCAAAAGAUCUUGUAGAAAAGCUGUUGGUUCUGGAUGCUACCAACAGAUUAGGAUGUGAAGAAAUGGGAGGAUAUGAGCCACUUAAGGCCCAUCCCUUCUUUGAAUCUAUUGCAUGGGAGAACCUACAUCUUCAGACUCCUCCAAAACUCACAGCAUACUUACCUGCCAUGUCAGAGGAUGAUGAAGAUUGUUACGGAAAUUAUGACAAUCUCCUGAGUCAGUUUGGUUGCAUGCAAGUUUCUGGUUCUGCCUCUUCCCAUUCCCUGUCUGCCCCAGAAACAAGUCCCUCACAGACAUCUGGAGGCAACAUAGAACAGUAUAUUCAUGAUCUUGACAACAAUUCGUUUGAGCUGGACUUGCAGUUUUCUGAAGAUGAAAAGAGAUUACUUCUGGCAAAACAAGCUGGUGGAAACCCUUGGCAUCAAUUUGUAGAAAAUAAUUUAAUCCUAAAAAUGGGCCCAGUAGACAAAAGAAAGGGACUGUUUGCGCGUCGACGCCAAUUGCUGCUCACAGAAGGGCCCCAUCUGUAUUAUGUGGAUCCUGUCAACAAAGUCCUAAAAGGAGAAAUUCCAUGGUCUUUAGAGUUGCGCCCAGAAGCCAAGAAUUUUAAGACUUUUUUUGUUCACACACCAAACAGGACAUAUUACCUGAUGGACCCAAGUGGGAAUGCUCAUAAAUGGUGCAAAAAGAUACAUGAAGUUUGGCGGCACAGAUACCACCAGAAUGCUGCUAAACAGUAAAGCUCAUCCAAAAUUUCCCAGUCUCCCUACUUGCUGCUAGAACUCCACGUGCAGCCGAUCAGAGGAAUCUUCCCAACCCACCUGUUACCCAUCUCAAGGGGAAGCAUAUGUCUGAAAUACUCUGUUUUUUUGUUGUUUUUUUUUUAAAAAAAAAAAAAAAGCAAAAACCUAAUGGAAUUCAGGGUUGCUUUGCUCGCUCUUUGUGCUUCUGUUGAGGCUUCCACAUGCAUAUCAUUGCAAUGAAGAUCUUGCUUUUGUGCACUUCAGCUCAAUUUCUCCUGCAAACUAGUGGAUAGACCUUGCAUUACCAGCUUCACUUAAGAGCAGUUAAAACCAAUCCACACGCGCACACACCCCAAAUCAUGCACCAGCCUUCCAUUUUAUGGAGCUGGAGUUUUCUGUGACUUUCAAAUUAUCAUUAAACUGUAUUUCAUCAGGGAGCUUUUAUGUGCCUCUCCUAAGCACCACCUUUUCAUUUUCUCUUCCAUUCCCCUCUGUUCCCUCGCUUACUGGUAUAUGGCAUUUGUAGCCAGAUCAGUUGCACCCUUGCAUAACUCCCAAUAUAGUUCUGGUUGCAGGAUUUAUGUGGUACUUUAUUAAUUAUGUGAAUGAAUCUGAUGUAUGUGCCUGACAGACAGACUCUGAUGAUAAAGGUUGUGAGAAAGUAAAAUGAUGAACAUGGCAUUGAAAGUUUUUCUAAAAUUGAAAUGUUGGCUUCUGAAGCAUAUAAAGUUUUAAACUUUUAAUUUUAAUUUGCAUAUGUGUGUUUAAUCAAGGGACAGUGAACUUAACAGCAUGCUUUUAACUAAUGCUAAACAAAAAAUCAACUAGUUGGUAUAAAAAAAGUUACUAUUGAAGUAGUAAAUAGUUUUUCACCUUUUCAGGAGAUGAGGGCUAGAAGCUUUCUUUCCAGGGUGUGCAUGUAUUGUGCAUUUUAGUGGGGCCAACCUAUUUACC